GUCAGGGUCGCCGCAUAUCGCCUCACAGUGCAUGCAUCCCUGCUUUGGUUGGGCUGCGAGGGACGAAGUACCUGCUACUUACGAAGUGCCUCCUUUCAGAGUCGAUUAUUUCCUUGGCAUAUCGGAAUCAAAAUGACCGACAUUGGUGUGAUCUUGGGUGCGACCUUCGUCAGCAUCGGUGCCCUCAUAACCUUGAUCGGCAUCUUCGUUUGCUUCAGAUCCGAGCCGCAUUACUACAACCCGGAAGACGUGGACGCCAUGAUCUUCGCCACGAUCUCCGACCGGGACUUCAACAAGCGGCACGGGAUCCAGAUCGGUGUGAAGAAUCUCCAUUCAAAUCAAAAUUCAGAAGACUCUCGCAUGGAGGAUGCCAUUCAACCAGCUUCAACAUUUAAUGUAUCAGAAGGACCUCUGUAUAGCAUGGCCUCGACUGAACGGUUCCUGAUUGUGGGUGGGAUCAACUCCAUUCAUGGAUGGCUGUGGGCUGACCUCAAAUCUGGACAGACUAAGCCCAAGAAGUCCUGGUCUAUCACACUGCCCACAAAAACGGAAUCGAUAGUGAAACCAGAAGUGAACUCCCUCUGCACUGAUGGUAAUGGGGAGGUUCUGUAUGCUGGCUGUGGGGACUCGCUCAUUUAUGCCUUUGACUUAUCCUCUGGAACUUUAAAGCAGAGCUAUGCAGGGCACAAGGAAUAUGUCCAUUGUCUUAGCGUCAGAGAUACACAGAUGGCAUCUGGGUCCCAAGAUGGUGAUGUCCUUCUUUGGGAUGUAAGAGAGAACUCUUGGCAUAAUUCCCUCCAUCCUCACGAGAAGGAGGGUGUUAACCGUUCAAAUUUAGGAAAAUGGAUUGGGUGUAUUGAUCUCAUGGAUGACUGGCUGGUAUGUGGUGGAGGGCCUGCUCUAUCUCUGUGGCAUCUUCGAUCUCUGGGCCUAUCCACAGUGUAUGAGGAACUGGACAGUCCAGUUCACCAGUGUUUGCUGGAAGGAGAGAAGGUCAUUGCAGCUGGUCAUAGUCCCAGGCUUAUCCAUUUCAACUUGAAUGGUGGGAUUGUACUCGAUAUCCCAUCUUCUUCCAAUUGCAUCUACAGUAUCGCUCAUGCCAAACAACCUCGUGAGGUGAUCAGCAUAGGAGGAACGAGUCCUCGGCUGGACUUCUGUUCCUGUUGCAAGUACAGGGAUUAUAUACUAUUCUUCUGUGAUUCAUCCUGA